AUGUCUGAACCUGACCAGUGCAUCAUAUGCCUGGACCACCUACCGACGCCGGGCAACUUGAACGCAUCCUCAUCUGACGACUCCGUUACCCUCGCCCUCCAAGCCCAAGUCUCCGACCCCGAUGAUAGCUAUCUCGACAUUGUCGCCGCCUUAGACGGUUGCGAACACAUUAUUCACGAUGCCUGCAUUCGCUCGUGGGCCAACAAGACCAACACCUGCCCUAUAUGCAGGACCCCGUUCCACUCUGUGCGCGUCUACAAUGGCCAUGAUGGAACUGCCGUUUCGACAUAUACAGUAGUAGACAAGAAGCAGGUUGCCGAGUUCGAUGUCCAGCAGUGGCUUGGUGACAACGCCCAAGACGAAGACGACGACACCAACCCUUGCCCUGUCUGCAACUCGGCCGAACGGGAAGAUAUAUUGCUCUUGUGCGACAGCUGCGAUGCAGCCUACCAUACGCACUGCAUCGGACUCGAUUACAUCCCCGAUGGCGACUGGUAUUGCAUGGAAUGCUCCCACCUCUUCGAGCUCACAGAGGAAUCACAAAACGGCUCCCAAACCGUCGAUUCCGAAACUCCCCAAUCACGCCCCAGGCAGGCUCACCGCCCGGCUCCUCGCCAACAUCGCGGCUCGCACGUUCGGACUCGUGCGCGACUGCGCCGGGCUCGUCGACAGGCUCGCAAUGCUGAGUGGCAAGGUGCGUGGGGCCAGUUCUCUGGUCGCUUCUACGAGAUGAGUGACCUCGACCUUGACAACCACGAUGAUGAGGACGAGGAUCUCGAAAACUUCCGUCGCUUCCAGCAGCUCGAUCGCCAUGAGCUUCAACGCUGGCAGCAGCGCAUGAGCAUAGCCAACCGUCUUGGCGCCCGCGACGCCUUUGUCAGCACCAUCCCUCCCCAGAUUAGCCAACGCUUGCAACCUGUCGCAACCCCGCCACCCCCUCCGCCUAUACAGGAGACUCGUGAUGAAAGGAGGGCCUGGGGUGCCCUUGAGAUGGCCCGUGAAGCCGAAGGCACUAUUACUACAUCUUUUAACGGGCGCAAACGCAAGGCGCCAUCAUCCAUCGCAUCCCCGGCCGAGCCCGCUCCCGAGCCCGAGAGAAAGCUUAAACGCCCCCGAACUCGUCGUUUACCUACACACGGCGAGGCUUCUGCAUCCGCCUCAUCGCCAGCUGCGGCCGGUCCUUCCAACCAGCAGGCUCGACCGGCCGUUGCAGCAUCUCCUGGUCAUGCUUCGCCCUCGCGAACAGCACAACUCCAUCAAACACCAAGCGAACCGGCCCUGGUUUCUGCCCUUCUCAAGGAACUAGAGCCUAGUAUGUUGUUCGAAGACGAGAACGGUGCCGCACUUCCUGCACGGCACAUGCCGGAUGCAUCCUCACCCGCCCUAUCCCCUGCCCUAUCCCCCGCCCUAUCACCAUCACCUUCAAACCACAGCAGCCCAAGGGCCAUGUCGUUAACACCACCCCCUCUCCCACGACUGAAUGGGCGUCCUACCUCCCCAACGCUUUCCCUCAGUACCCACAUUGAACCCGUGUAUGCCCCUGCCAAUUACUCGCCCAAUCGGUACAACAGUGACCAUAGUGACGCCGAGUCGCGGCCUGCGCGCCCGAAUACAAGCCGCACCGUGGAAAUCCGUCAGCCACGACCUCGCCGACCGCAAUCCACCAUUGGUCGCACAGAAGAUAGCUCCCCGACCAGGCUCACCAUGACCCAAGAAGACAAGAAAAGCAUCAAUGAUAUUGUUAAGUCGGCUCUGCGGCCACACUGGCGUGCGCAGAAGCUGACCACAGAGCAGUAUGCUACCAUCAACCGAGACAUCUCUCGGCGGCUCUACGAAGAAGUGAAAGAUGCCUCGGUGCUUGACGAAGCGACCCGACGCAGAUGGGAGCAAAGAGCUGACCAGGCUGUCGCGCAAGCCAUGUCUGAUCUGACAGCCGCAUAA